AUGGGCGUUGAAAAAUCGUGCCUGAAUUCUGGAAGUCGUGGCAUCUUCAACGGCAAGUGCGGGACGGCCCUGGACCACGCCGUCGCAGCGGUGGGCUACGGCAGCCAGAACGGCAAGGACUACUGGAUCGUGAAGAACUCGUGGGGCACAGGCUGGGGCGAGGCCGGCUACAUCCGCAUGGCGCGCAGCGUGCACGCGCCCAUGGGCAAGUGCGGCAUCGCCAUGGACGCGUCGUACCCGGUGAAGAAUGGCCCCAACCCGACGAGGGCUGCAGAGAUGGCCAUGCUGGAGAUGGCUCUUGCUCAGGCAGGCGGCCGCCGGCUGCUUGCCGGCCGGCUCCUUGCUGUGCUUCCUUUCGAGAGGAAUGGCGAAGGGAAUGGAGAAAGAAUCCCGUUCUGA